AUGAAUACAACUCUCGGCUCCACAUUCGAACAUCCGCCAGUUUUUGAAGAUUUAGGGAAAAUGGCUGCAAAACUAGUUUAUUACAACUACGAGUGGCGCUACCUCACUCUCGUGAUGAUCCAGGCGGCGCACAUGUUGAUUCCUCUAGAAACUUUUCUGUUGGAAUACAAGCAGUCCGUCGUCAUAAAAAUGGGAAAAUUCAUCGCCUACAACCGUCCCGUCCGCCAAUUCGUGAUUUUCGGAGAAGAUUCCAAGGAGAUAGUGGGGGUAAUACUAUGGUUAAGCGAUCGCAACUACGACAACUCUGGUAAAUAUGUCAUCGUUUGUUCGGCUACAGAUUAUGAGGACUGCGAUGAAAAAGAAGUAUUCGAAGUGCUAUCUGCGAACAAUAUUGUAAAUGUUCUGUUUUUGAGGGCCGAUACCGAUAAUAGCAGCUUAACGUUUUCCUACGAAAAAAUAAUUCCUGGGGAGUGUAAAAAUAAAGUACCGGACGUAAUCGAAGACGUGCAUGUAGGCUGCUCUAACGACAACUGUUUUAAAUCCAAAUUCCUCCCACAAUAUAAGAAUUUCUACAAAUGCCCCCUCGUGGUCUCGACUUUCGAACAACCUCCUUUUAUGCACAUAGACGAAGACAAAAAACAUAUAUCCGGGGAAGACGGAAGCCUAGUGAACCUAAUGACGAGCUUUUUAAAUGCUUCUCUCGUCGUGAAAAUACCAGAGUUCGGCAACUGGGGUCGGUAUGAAAAUAACAACUGGACGGGAUUACCGAUCCUACAGUUUCCGUCCAACAGGCACUUCCUAGGGAUCGUCUGCACCUGGAUCUGGUUCUGCUUCAUCAUGAGGAGCUGCUACCAGGCGGCACUGAUGAACAGCUUAAAACGCCACGACCACGAGGAUUACCUCCCGAAUUUCGACAAAGUGCUGCACAAUAAGUACCCGUUCGGCGGUCACGGCUCACUCCGGGAGUACUACGCGGACGACGACUACAUCUACAACAACUGGGUUAAUUUGGAAUUGAAGGAGGUGUAUGAAAAAUUGGUCGAGAUCUCCCACGGCGCUUCCGAUUUCGUGGUGGCGGAUAACAAGGAGUUCGUCAAGGAUUACAUAUUCAAGAGCAACGGGUCGCAAAACCUACAGAUUAUACCGGAAAAGAUCGUGAACAGCCCGACGGUUAUGUACCUCAAGCGGCACUCUCCCCUAGCGGCUCGCGUGAACGAGAUCCUGAGCCGGUCGGUUGAGGCGGGCCUCACGCAGGUUGUACAGAAGCGCUACGCCGUCUACAUGAACUAUUUCUUCAAGCACUUGGACGAACAGAAGACGCUACCGAUCACGCUUGAGCACAUAACGGCUUUGGUUUCCCAUUCAAAAAUAGAUGGGUUUUCCUUCAGCAGCCUUGCAUCUACUGGACAGUACAUGAUGAUGUUGCCGACUGUGCACGGUUGCUCGCAACAUUCGCUCGCGACUUGUCGCCUCAAUCGUCGCCAUUUUUUUUCUACUACGGUGUUUUUAAGAUCUUUGGGAAUUAAUUUAUCUGAAACAAAUAUACAUAAUUAA